AAUACAGAGAAACAAGGCUCAAAAUGAGUCGUGUAAAACCAACAAAAGUGACUGCUCAUCCACAACCCUAAACCAACCCACUUGUCCUUCUUCUUCUUCCUCUUCUUCUUCUUCUUCUUCUCCUCCUCCUCCUCCUUAUUCUGUUUGGUGCGCAAUUUCUCUUCUCUCCUCCUUUAAAUCCGGUCUUGUCCCUGGAAUUAUCUCUAGCUAAGCUAGCUGUUUGAUGUUCAGGAAUUAAUUAUUAAUUCAUCAUCAUCAUCAUCAACCACCUUUGCCGCCAUGGAUGAAACUGCAGGAUGUGCUUCAAGCGAUGAUGCAAGGAACACCUGUCCUCGUGGACACUGGAGACCCGCAGAGGAUGAGAAACUCCGGCAGCUCGUCGAACAGUACGGUCCCCAGAACUGGAAUUCCAUUGCUGAGAAGCUCCAAGGCCGAUCAGGUAAAAGUUGCAGGUUGAGAUGGUUCAAUCAACUAGACCCCAGAAUCAACAGGAGGCCGUUCACUGAAGAAGAAGAAGAGAGGCUUCUCGCGGCUCAUCGCAUCCAUGGCAACAAGUGGGCGCUCAUAUCUCGGCUCUUCCCGGGUCGAACCGACAACGCCGUCAAGAACCACUGGCAUGUGAUCAUGGCGAGAAAGCAAAGAGAACAAUCCAAGCUUUGCGGUAAAAGAAGCUUCCAGGAUGCUUUUGGCGGCGAUGACAACUCAUCAAGAUUAACCCAAGAAGAUCACUGUGGCGGCUUUGAGAGAAGCAGCAGGCGGAGGUUGUUUGAUUUCCAAGCCCCAUACAAAGAUGGAAUUUUCACUGUGUUGCCAUCUUCUUUGCCCCCUACUUGGAGUGCUUCUUUCGGUACCAGACCAUCUUCUUCUUCAGCAAUGUUGGAUCUCAACCCCGGUUCAUACUACUGCACUGCUGAGAGCUCAAAUAGCACUUCAAACUUUAAACCUAAUUACAUCAAUUCUUCAGCAUGUAGUGGCUGCCGCCGUUCGAGUCCAUUGAUCGAGCUCCCAAGCUACAAGAGGGUUGUUUCAAGUCCUUUCGGGUACUUCAGAGUUGUCGAUGGAACCGGGUCAUCAACUCCUGGAGGGGUGAUGAUGAAGAGAGAUCGUCAGUUCCUCAAUUUUGGAAAGAUGAGGGAGAGGGAGAGUACUAAUGCCGAUGAUGAUCAGCAAGAGUGUGGAGUCGCCGAUGAGUCCAUCAAGCAGAGAGACAUUCCCUUCAUCGAUUUUCUUGGCGUGGGAAUCUCUUCUUGAACCCCAAAUUAAGGCCUAGCUUGCUAAUUUUAAUUAUUUAACUCUGCUCGUGUUAUCUAUACUAUUUGUAGCAUGAACAGCUAAUAAUUAAGCUAAUUAUUGGCUAGCUAGCACAUUUGCAUUUUCUUUAAUUUGCAUGCCCAUGGGUGCCAUCCAUCGAGAACCCAUCUUUAAUUAAUUCAAAU